AUGCUCAAAGAGAAGUUGCAACCAUCAUUUGAUGUUGGUGAAACUGAAUUUAAUCAACAUGAGAAAAUGCAACAAGAUGAUUUGCAAUCAGAGUCUUCAUUUCUAUCAUAUAGUCAAAGAUGUAUUGCCUCAAUAGUAGGUGAAACUUUCGAGAUUGAUUACAAUGAAUAUCAAAAUGUGAGUAGUUGUGAUGGCUUAGAUUCUGACACCGAUGAUGGAGACGGUGAUUAUGAGUAUGAAAAAGAUAAUGACGAUGAACGAUUUAAUAGAAUUAUCAUAAAUACAAAUGGUAACAUAGAUAGUAAAGAGAGUAGUUUACUCUCAUACACAACUUCGGUCUAUUCUAUAUCAGAUGAGGAGGAGGAUGACGAGGAUAGUCUAAUUGAAAUCCACCUUCAAAAAGGGAAUUUUUCUAACUUAGCCGAUGAAUCUACGCAAAAAAUUGAGUCCGAAUUGUUGGAUUUUCUUUCGGAAUCCAUUUUCAUGCAACAAAAUCUCAUGGAGCUUUUAUCAGAAACUAAUGAUAUGAAUGAGGAUGAAAACUUAAUUGAGAUUGAUAUUUCCAUGUGA